CUCCCCUGAUUGGUGGAGUGUCUGAGAGCGAGGUGGGACUAGGGAGCCAGGUCUCCUCCCUUUCCAAAACCUACAAGGCAGCGGCGCAGCCGAGCUCUCUGCUGGAUCCUCCGCCGCAGAGCGACGCUCCUCCUUCGUCUAGUGGAGUGGAGUGGGAGUGGAGAUCCGUCAUCGGGUCCGCGCGUGGGUUGGUGGAGAGAUUAAACUGAACGAGCUAUGGACAACCUGUGGCAUCUCGGAGAUGAACUCCGUGGGCAACCAAAGGUAGUGGAGGAUCGCCAGUGGUCUCUCAUGACGUCGAAGCUGGCUGAGAUCACCAAGUCCAAGGGCGAGAGGAUGAAUGACCUCGACUAUGCGCGGAUGAACACAGUUCCUGAUGUGAAACAAUGGGAUAAGAUGUCCUAUCACCACGAUGAGAGCAGGAUGGAUCACCUCAAUCUUGGCCUCAUGAACUUGAAUUUUAAAAUGAAUGAUCUGAAGAUGAAUGAGGCUGCCAUGAAGAACCCUUUCCGCAACAUGGCCUAUAACAUGAAUCAGAUGUACUCCAAGGGAAGCAAUGGCAAUGCUAAUGCAUUCAAGAUGAAUGUUGGGGUCAACAAAUAUUCAAAUAGUUCAAAUGGGAAAGAGGCAAAUGGAAAAAACAAUGGUGGUAACAACAAUGGAAGCAACAGCAAUGGAAACAUCAACAGCAAUUCUGCUGUUGACAAGCGCUUCAAGACAUUGCCAACAAGUGAGAUGCUACCAAGGAAUGAAGUUCUUGGUGGAUACAUCUUUGUCUGCAACAACGAUACCAUGCAAGAGGAUCUCAAGAGGCAGCUUUUUGGGUUGCCUGCAAGAUAUCGUGAUUCAGUCCGAGCAAUAACUCCUGGCCUACCUCUUUUCCUCUAUAACUAUACGACUCAUCAGCUUCAUGGGGUAUUUGAGGCUGCCAGCUUCGGUGGGUCUAAUAUCGAUCCCACUGCAUGGGAGGAUAAAAAGUGUAAAGGUGAAUCCAGAUUCCCAGCGCAGGUGAGGAUCCGCAUUAGAAAGCUUUGCAAGCCAUUGGAAGAGGAUUCCUUUAGGCCAGUUUUGCACCAUUAUGAUGGCCCAAAGUUUCGCCUUGAGCUCUCCAUUGCAGAGACCUUGUCGCUGCUAGACCUGUGCGAGAAGGAAGGCAUCUGAGCUGUUUUGGUGGUUGCCUUGAGCUUUUAGUAAAUAUCAAUCAUCCUUGUAUGUUUUGUGGAUGGUGGUUGGCAAUGUUGUUUAAGCGCAAGCUGUUGUUGGUUUGAUUUUCCCGAAUGACGGACCCUGGUACUUGGAAGGCGCCUCUAAAGCUGCGACCCUGUCUGUGUACGUUGUGUCGUCGUCCAAAAUCAAUCUCGGAGAUGUGUAUGUUUUGCUACUUAAUUCCGUGUCGUAGUAGAGUAUACCCAGCCAGAAGGGGACCCCGAAAGAUGGGGUCUUCAUACUGUGUUAAGAUGGCCCCAAAGUAAGGACCGAUGAUGUCGUUGUUCCGAGUGUAUUUGUGUUGUACCUUGAACCUCCUUGCAUUUGCCUUAAUGCUGCCUUUUGUACUGUCA